UCGCUUGCCCGUGCAUCAUGUAGUUCGAACACGAGGCGUAGCUGACUCAGCCACCAACCAAACCAACGACCGUCCGUCUGCGUUCCCAUCUGCUCUCCUUACCGUUUGCUUGGAACGGUGGUAGGUGGGUGGAGGGGGUAAGUUUAGUUUAGGCGGCCUCACCCUCCUGUACUUGCACCACCACUCUUUUGUUGGUCUCCUAAGGUAUUCCUCGAAUUCUACGGCUGCGAGCAAGCAAGGGAACAAGGAGACGGCGGCUGAGAGAUGGAGCUGUUUCAGUCGCCCAACCUCGAGGUGAUCAGCAUUACGGUGGCCAUUGCUGCCGUCGCUGCCGCCGCCGCAUACUUCUACCUCAACAGCAAGCCUAAAGGGUGCUUGGAUCCUGAAAACUUCAGGAAUUUCAAACUGGUCAAGCGUACACAAUUGAGUCACAAUGUAGCCAAAUUUAAAUUUGCUUUGCCCACCCCUACCUCGAUUUUGGGUCUUCCUAUCGGGCAGCAUAUAAGUUGCAGAGGAAAAGAUAGUGCUGAUGAAGAAGUAAUCAAGCCCUAUACUCCUACUACAUUGGAUACAGAUGUCGGAUAUUUUGAACUAGUUAUAAAGAUGUAUCCUCAAGGACGAAUGUCUCAUCACUUCCGUGAGAUGAAGGUUGGCGAUUACCUUUCUGUAAAGGGACCAAAGGGACGUUUCAGGUAUCAACCUGGCCAAUUUAGGGCAUUUGGAAUGCUUGCUGGAGGAUCUGGUAUAACCCCAAUGUUUCAGGUGACUAGGGCCAUACUUGAAAACCCAAAAGAUGACACGAAGGUACACCUUAUCUAUGCAAAUGUGACAUACGAAGAUAUUCUGCUGAAGGAAGAACUUGAUUCCCUUGCUAGUAGCUAUCCUGAUCGCUGCCAUGUCUACUACGUACUGAAUCAGCCGCCUGAGACAUGGAAUGGUGGUGUUGGUUUUGUAUCCAAGGGAAUGAUUGAAGCCCACUGUCCAGCACCUGCAGCUGAUAUUCAGAUAUUGAGGUGUGGUCCACCACCCAUGAACAAGGCCAUGGCUGCUCACCUUGACGACCUUGGAUACACAAAGGAAAUGCAGUUCCAGUUCUAAGCUUGAGGCUUUUGGCUUCGUUUUUAUUUUUCUCACAUCAAUGUUGGAUGUUCAUUGUCAUGUUUGAAGGCUGUGAGAGAUAGCCUCUGUAGUUGGGUGGAGAUCCCGCGAUUACCUCAUAAACUAUCUGACGCUCAUAUGGAACUGCUUUCGAUACUUCUUCCUCUCUUUUUUGAUUUGGCAUUAGAGGUAGUAUCACCUGAUAAGAGAACAUAAAUACUUCCAUAAUUUCAUUCGAUAGGGUUUUUAUUCCUUGAUACA